CGUGAGCGCGCACCCGCCCCUUCCGGCUGUCACUUGGCUAACAAGCAAGACAUCCAUGGCUGCCCUUAGCAAAAUAACAUACAACUGCUAUGAAGUCGGUCACACUUGGAACCCGUCGUGUAUGCGGUCCACCGUGGACAUAACGAGGGGUGCGCUGGAGGUCUCCUUCAAAAUAUACGCCCCGCUUUACGUGAUAGCAGCUAUUCUUAGGAGAAGGAAGAAGGAUUACUACUUAAAAAGGCUCCUUCCUGAGAUCUUACAAUCUACCUCUUUCCUCACUGCCAAUGCCUCCAUCUACAUAUUCUUCUUCUGCAUUCUCAGGAAGCUGCUGGGAGGGUUUUAUUCAUGGUCCGCUGGGUUUGGCUCAGCUCUGCCCGCCUCCUAUAUUGCUAUCCUCCUGGAGCGUAAGAGCAGGAGAGGGCUUCUCACUAUAUACAUGACAAAUCUCGCAACAGAGACCUUGUUCCGCAUGGCCGUAACACGGGGCCUCAUCACACCUAUCAAACAUGGCGAGGUGCUCCUCUUCUGCAUAACUGCAUCCCUCUACAUGUUCCUCUUCAGGAGUAAAGAUGGCCUUAAAGGCUUUGCAUUCUCCGCAUUGAAAUUCAUCAUCGGCAAGGAAGAGAUCCCAUCUCACUCUGUUCCGGCCGAGCAGGUUGCCGCAAGUCCCCGAGAGGCGUUGGCUUCCUCAGAGCCUUCACACGCCUCAGUAAUGCAGAUCGACUCGAGGAGCAAAUCUUUGCUAGCCUACGCCAGAGAACUGCUGGAGUCAAUAUGUAAACGAGGUCCAAAACACAGAUGCUGUAAACAUCAUCAAGACAACUGCAUCUCCUACUGCAUUAAAGGUUUUGUGAGGAUGUUCAGCGUCGGCUACUUGAUUCAGUGUUGCCUUAAAGUGCCCUCAGCUUUCCGGUACCUCUUCUCGAAACCCUCACGGCUCCCCUCCCUCUUCUACAACAAAGACAACUUCCAGCUUGGGGCCUUUUUGGGCUCUUUUGUCAGCAUCUACAAGGGAGCAAGCUGCUUGCUUCGUUGGUUGCGGGAUAUUGACGACGAGCUCCACGCUUUAGUGGCCGGAUUCCUGGCGGGUAUCUCUAUGUUCUUCUACAAGAGCACGUCGAUAUCCAUGUAUCUCUUCUCUAAGCUGGUGGAGACCUUGUACUUCAAGGGCAUCGAGGCUGGCCAUUUCCCGUACUUCCCACAAGCGGACACAUAUCUCUACGCCAUCUCCACCGCCAUCUGCUUUCAAGCUGCUGUGAUGGAGAUGCAGAAUCUUCGGCCCGCAUAUUGGAAGUUUCUUCUGCGUCUCACUAAGGGCAGGUUUGGCCUGAUGAACCGACAGCUGCUCGAUGUUUUUGGCACUCAGGCCUCCAGGCAAUUUCAGGGGUUUUCGCCCCAACUUGACCCACGCUAUGUUUCGGUGCCCAGCCAAACAGUGCUUCCACUAGGGGGCGACGUUCAGCUUGGAUGACGCGAGUCAAGUGUGUGGGAGGAGGGGCUGAGAUGAUUAGAAUUGGUCAUCUUUUGCUAAGAGAUGUGGUAUUUGACCAGCCUGUUCUGGGGAUUGGGAGUUGGCCAGAUGUGAUUGAUGCGUAUGACGGCGUAGCGCUACUCUGUGAGCUAAUGAAACUGCAGUGACCAUUUAUGCAAUUUUCGGAUAAAAUGGCCGUCAAGGUUGUAGCAUUCCACCAAUCACAUCUUUCUUUCUCAGGUUCCCCUCGAAUUUUAUUGCAAGCCAAGCAUGUUGAGUGUUUGGAGUUGUUGUUUUAACGAUCAAACUAAUGUUAAUGUUUUCAUUACAUGAAUAACAUUUGGAAAAAACAGAUAAUUCAUCAGCUAUUGACAGGUGAACAGUGUGACUGCGUAAUUUAAACAUACAUAUAUGAUGGUAUAUGAUUGGUGUAUAGACAACCUAAACCCAGUCCUUCAGGAAUAGGAAACAUGGCCCAUGAAAGAAUUUGUUCCUUCGAACCUUGAAUUCUAAAACCGUAUGAAACCCUGAGCAUCUGCUGCAAAGAAACAGCCACAAAUGCUCAGCAUCUAUAAUAAAUAACAACAAAUAAUUGUGCUCAUUGCAUAAUCAUUUUUAAAAAAAUGUAGUAUGACCACCUGGCCCCUGGUAGCCAAAGGGGUCCCACCCCACACUCAUGGGCACAGUGCGUUAUUUUCCUUUUAAUGAACAAAAAUUUCCGACUGCAGUCAAAUUUGAUGUGAGUUCAUGUCACAUUUUCACCAUUAAUUCACGACACAGUCGUGCAGUUUGAAAUUAUUUUGUCUGAAAGGGACAUAUGGAAAAUUGACUUUUUAAUGACUUGUAUAUAAGCCCAUUUGGUGUAUAAAUGCACAGCCAAGUAAUCUGUAAUUGCUGUUUGAAGUAUUUUAAUGAGAAAUUGUCACAGACAUGUCACUAAUACACGUGGUAUGAAAAAAACAAUGCAAUGCAUCAUAAAUUCGUUGUUAUUGUUAGACUUUGAUUGACCAAAAUGGACGAGAGGAAAGUCACAUCAUUUUCAUUUGUUGUUUGAUUACCAUGAGUAUGUAGACCAGUCCAAAUAGUGGAAUUGUUUGAGUUCAUGGCACAAUUAAAUGUUUGUCUAAUGUUUACCACCUGUCCAAAGAAACUAUGUAAUUUUAUAUUUUUUGUUGGGUUGCAGUUUACAAAGCUGCAGGAACGGUUUUACUCAACGCAUCCACAGGUUGGAAAACUGUUAACCCCUAUACAUUCAAAGCAUGUGCCAAAACCCGUAUAACAUUUGAAGUGACUUUGUUAACAUAUUUUACAGAUAUGAGUUUUAUCUGCUGGUUUAUUCUCAAGUGGACCACAAUUGGUCAUGUAAGAUUGGGCUGUGAAAAUCCAGUUUUGUUUCUGAAUAUUUUACACCCAACACUCUGAGACAGCUUUCGACACACGUGACCUCUGUUAGGUUAUUCAUUGCUGAAAAAAUGACAUCAUAGUAAUAAAAUCUGUUUAUUACACUCGUACUUGCCUACUGUUGUUUUCGAUUUAUGUGAAGAUGAAGCAUUCAUUUUUAAAAAAUCAUUACAA